CGAACCAUCGCCGUAUUCUAAUCCAUUCCUCGGUCGCAACAGAUUCCCGAACCUAAACUAUCUACCUCAGGAGUCAGGCCUGCGACUCGAUCAGUCAGGGGCCAUCUUGAGCCACACAAGCUUCUCUUGAUUCUCGAACCGAUCGUCGCACGCCGGCGGCCGUCCUCCCUCCCACUGCCGGCCUGCACAUAACAACUGUCAGCCAAAGAUCCACACGGCGUACGUUUUAAAUAGAUCGCAGCUGUAGCUUUGGUGCCACCGCGCUCUCCUUGUUCCUUUUGCGUUGUCGUCGUCGAUGGAGAAGGCCAUGGACUCCUACAACAAGGGGUGUGGCGCCGGCGAGGUCAGGAGGAUCAACGUGGUGUAUUUCCUCAGCCGCGGCGGCAGGACGGACCACCCCCACCUCUUCCGCGUCAACCACCUCCACCGCUCCGGCGUGCGCCUCCGGGAUGUGAAGAGGUGGCUCUCGGAGGUCCGCGGCAAGGACAUGCCGGAGAACUUCUCCUGGGCUUACAAAAGGAAGUACAAGGCCGGGUACGUAUGGCAGGACCUAAUGGACGAUGACCUUAUCACGCCCAUCUCCGACAACGAGUACGUGCUCAAGGGCUGCGACGUGCGAGGAACCCCUCCUCCCUCUCCGUGCGCCGGCGCGCCAAAGCCUUCUUCCUUGGCAGACGAGAAGAAGCUGCACGGUAAGGAAGAGAAGGGCCGGAAGCAGGUCGAGGAGGAGCUGCAGGUGGCGCCAGACUCCGACGGGAGCUCCCCGAAGCCGCCGCCGCCGAUCGACCAGGACUCGCCGAGCAGCGAGGGCGAGGCGGCGCAUUUCAGGAUCGUCUUGCCGCUGGACCUCCAGGAGCGAAAGCGGCGGCAGCAGGAAGCCGCGAGGCGUGCAGCCAUCGAUCAGCAGGCGUUGGUGGUGCGGGCGGCGGCGCCGGGCGGCAGGAAGCAGCAGCCGGCUGUGGGGAGGGCGCGGAGGAUGCGCGUGGCGCGGGUGCUCCACAGCAUCCUGACGUGCGGCGCGGCCGACUCCGUGGACGCCGCCGCGCUCCAGCCCGUCGCGCUGCCUCGGGCGAGAGGUGGCUCAGACGACGACGAGGAGUGGCGGGACACGACGCCCGUGUGCCCCGGCAUGGACGGCUGCGGCAUCCACAUGAACAGGAAGGUGAGGCUGCGGCGAGGCGGGAAAGACAAGGCGAAGCCGGAGGGAGGGAAGCGUCCCGGCGCCGUCGCGGCGGCGCACAAGCCGGCGAGCCUGCCGCUCUGCUCGCAGUGUGGGAAGGAGUUCAAGCCGCAGGAUUUGCACUUGCACAUGCAGUCAUGCAGGGGCUUCAGGGCGCGGAUGAGGAGCAGCACCGGUACCCGUGGCAUGGACAAGAACCACAUGAGGAGCGCCAGAACCGACAAUUCCUCCCCGGAGAGGCCAUCCACCGGGCUCCUCCUCACUCAUUAGUGAUGUGAUGUGAUCGAUGUUGGAAGAUAUAACUGUGAAUAUGUAGGUGUGUGCGAAUGAUUUUGGAAUUGUUUAGGUCGGCGUUUAUACAACAGUUUGAAGCCGAGUGCAUCUUUCUUGCA